AUGGCCCUCGAUCUUAUUUUGCCUGGCCCCGCAGUCGCAUCUGCCACAGCCGAAACCGUCGACUUGGGCGAAGUACAUGAGCCCAAGGAGGAGUCCAUCAAGGUCUUCAAGGAGAUUGAGCAUGAUCUGAAAAAGGAGCUACUUCAUAUUCGCCGUGAAUACCAGAAGCACGAGCCCGAGUACUUCCAGGCCGUGGCACAUCUCGACGAUCACAAGUUAGCCGCCUUCGGCCCAGACGACCUUACAGCUGUAAGAGUCGCCGUCUCGGCCUAUGGAAUCCAUCUCUUUGGCAAAAUUCGCAUCCCAGCUUUGCCCGAUUCUGGACCCGCCUAUAUUCACUUCCGCGCUUUUGUGCCGGGAGGCGAACCACCAAAGCUCCACAGCAUUCACACAGAGGAGAAGGAACACUCUGACGGAGACAAGACGUACCGGGCUAUCUUCACCAAGGAAGAUGCAUUGGAAUGGUUCGACACAUAA